AUGUAUUUUGUUGAAACAGGAGGUGAUUACUCGUUGAUUCGAGAGAAAUAUCUGAUUUUUAUUCGAGAUUCGGACGUUUUUUAUAUUGUUUUAGGUAGAUUUUUGAUGAUUAUGGUGGAAUUUGAUAUUUUUUGGGUGGUUUUUAGAUGAAUUAAGGCUGAAAAGUUGAUUUUAAUGGGUCUUGAGACUUUUUUGUUUUGUUUUUUUCGUUGGAAAUUUGUGAAAAAAUUUUAAAAUUUCAAGAUUUUUUCAAUAUUGAGGUUUUUGUUGUUGAUGCUUUGAUCAUUUGUUUUUGCAGAAACUGGUCCCAAAAUGGUCUCCAAAGUGAAGAAGACCAAGAAGCAGCAGAAGAAGAAGGUGGAAGACGUCGAAAUGGAGGAUCUCCCAGACCUUGUCCCAUUGGAAGACGAAGAUUUGGUCACCGAACUUCCAGAACUUGAUGUCGCCGAGGAGCCAGAAGCCGAGCAGGAGCCGGAAAUGACUGUGGUUUCAAGAAAGAAGGGCAAAAGAAAGGCCAACAAGAGUUUGGACGUGAUUAUGGAGGAUGGUGAGGAAGAAGAAACAGAAGUUCAAAAGACGUCCGAAAAAGACGAACCGAUGGAUCAAGAGGCGUUUGAUAAGAAGCAGGAAGAAAAGUUGAAGAAAAAGAGAGAGGGAAAAAUGACGGUGGAGACGGAUGUGAGAAGAGUCCCAAUCCCACGUCAUCGCUAUUCCAGACUGAAGUCGGAGUGGAACAAGAUCGUGGAACCGAUUGUACAGCAAUUGAAAUUGCAGGUUAGGUAAGUGGAAGUCGGAAAGGAAGGAAAUUGAGGUGAUUUUUGUGAAUAGUAGAGAAUUUUUAUAUCGUUUUAGGCAAAGGUAGAGGAAUUUUGUUUUACAAAGAAAGUACUUCUAUGGGUAUGGAGUUACAGGUCGAGACAUAUAUGGAAAAAACUCGCAAACCCUUAAAAAAACAUCACUCUACGCCAUUUUCUAUCAAUUGCCUCGUUUUGGAAUUUUUUUUACAAAGAAAGUACUCCCAUGGGGUAUGGAGUUACAGUCGAGAUAUAUAUCAAAAAAUCGCAAAUUUUAUCUGAUUCAGAAUAUGUAAAAAUUAGCUGCUCAAUUUUGGUUUGGAAGGGCGAAAAAACCCUCAGAACUUCUCUCGCAACACCACGCAAAUGCCCCUUCUUUACAUUGGAACUAUUAAUUAAGGUGUAGUAUUAAUCAAAUUUGAUAUUUUAAGGCUUGUCAAGACGCCAUGGUUUACUUUAGCUCAAAAAAAAGCUUUUGAUUUGGUAAAAAAUUUUUUUUGAACUAAAGUAAACCCUAGCAUCCCGACAAGCCUUAAAACAUCAAAUUUGAUUCGUACUACAUCUUAAUAAUAGUUCCAUUGUAAAAACGGGCAUUUGCGUGGUGUUGCGAGAGAAGUUUUGAGGAUUUUUUCACCUUUACAAACCAAAAUUGGGCAGCUAAUUUUUACAAAUUCUGAAUCUGAAAAAUUUUGUGAAUUUUUUGAUACAUGUCUCGACCUGUAAACUCCAUACCCCAUAAAAGUACUUUCCUUGUAAAAAAAUUUCCAAAAAUACGGUGAUUCAUAGAAGAUGUGGUGUAAUGAUGUUUUCCAAGGGUUGUUAUGACUAUUACGGCUAGUUUGACCUGAUUUUAUUUCCAGAUUCAACCUGAAAACCAGAAAAGUUGAGAUUAGAGCACCCAAGAAUCAGACUCCAAAUUUGACUUUCCUCCAAAAAGCUGAAGACUUUGUUCACGCUUUUGCCCUCGGAUUUGAUGUCCAGGACGCCAUUGCUUUGAUCAGAUUGGACCACAUCUUCUUGGAGAGCUUCGAAGUUCAGGAUGGUAAGAGAUUUUUUAUUUUUGGCUCGAAUUUUAGGGAGGAUCUUGGUUUUUUGACUAAAUUCAGGUGGAAUUAGAAUAUCUAAAUGAUUUUUCGGGGUCAGAGAGGGUUUGGAUUGAAUUUAUCGACCUUUUUUUUUGAUGUUGUAGUAGGUGAUUAGACCAAUUUUUUGAUGUUUUUAUAGGUUAUGAUUGGGUGUAUUUUUAGUCAAACCCCUCUACGGAGAACAUCUUUCCCGCGCUAUUGGUAGAAUCGCCGGAAAAGACGGAAGAACCAAACACACCAUCGAAAACGUGACCAGAACUCGAAUUGUCCUUCAGGAUCAGAAGAUCCACACAAUGGGAUCCUUCCAGAAUCUCCGUUUGGCCCGUCACACCCUCUGCUCUCUUAUUCUUGGCCGACCUCCGAGCAAAGUCUACGGAAAUCUCCGGAAUUUGUCCUCCAGAAUGGCUGAUCGAUUGUAA